CUUCCACCAAUCACUGGUAAAAAAACAGCUGCAGUAACGCACAAAUUUUCCGCCUACUUGCCGAGAACCAGGAAAUAAUCAUGAUAUUUUGAUAGGCGUCUCUCGGUUGAUUUUAGUCUUGACGACACAAUAUUUUUUUCCUCAACGUUUGUGCUCAGGGAAGAUUGUUGCAGUUAUGGCUUCGUUAUUCAAGAAAAAGACUGUUGAUGAUGUUAUUAAAGAACAAAACAAAGAGUUGCGCGGAACCCAAAGACAGAUAACACGAGACCGAACAGCACUGGAAAAACAGGAAAAACAAUUGGAGAUGGAGAUAAAGAAAAUGGCCAAGACGGGGAACAGAGAUGCCUGUAAGGUUUUAGCCAAGCAGCUUGUACAAGUGAGAAAACAGAAAACUCGUACAUAUGCGGUCAGCUCUAAGGUUACCUCCAUGUCCACACAAACCAAGCUAAUGAACUCCCAGAUGAAAAUGGCUGGGGCUAUGGCCAAAACCACCAAAACAAUGCAAGCUGUCAAUAAGAAGAUGGAUCCACAGAAGACUAUGCAGACCCUGCAGAACUUCCAGAAGGAGACAGCAAAGAUGGACAUGACAGAAGAGAUGAUGAACGACACUCUGGAUGAAAUCUUUGAGGGUUCUGAUGACGAGGAAGAAUCUCAGGACAUUGUGAACCAGGUGUUAGAUGAAAUUGGAAUUGAGAUCUCAGGAAAGAUGGCUCGUGCCCCUGCAGCUAACCGAAGGAACCCAACUACCUCCACAUCCAAAGCAGAUGAGAUAUCAGAUGAAGAUAUUGAGAGACAGCUCAAAGCUCUUGGAGUGGACUAAUACUGAUGCACAUAUACAAACACCUAGUUAUUACCUGGCAACAGCAAGUGAAUGAAACACACUCCACUUAUAUACACACACACACACACACACACGCGCGCAGAUAAACAGACAGUCCAAUAUCUUACAUUCAGAGUCACGUACCUGCCUACUCUGGGAUAAAGUGCCACAGAUGGCAAAUGCAAUUGUUUUGUUUUUUAUUUAUUUAUGACAAUCGAAGAUGACUAUCAUAGAGUGCAUUUACCUGCACAGAAUAAUCAGAUAACUAUAAAAAAUCUGCUUAUUAUAGAAAAGUGUUUUUGUGUGUUUACAUGCAAAUCAAUAAACCGGCUGUGCAGACAACUGCGUUUACAUGGGACUUUGAGAUUUGUCAGGUUUCUCGCAGGCAGUGACGUCACCGCCUACAGUGAUAGUCUUUAACAAGCCGACGGCAUAUCUGUCUUAAAAUAUACCCUUGUGUCUCUUCACGUGUCUGCAGAACGAGAAAUGUAACAAUGUAACAUUAGCUUUUAUUUUCACAUUUUAUCUUCCAACUGCUUGAGUCGAGCGGAGACUUUUAUGCGUUACUUUGCGCUGACGUUUAUCUUUCACACGCGGAGACAUGCGCACAUGAACAAAACUACGAGAAAGCCGGUUGAGGUGUUUACAUGCCACGCAAAAUCAGGGUAAUGAGCAAAAAACUAUCCCUGCCAAUAGUUUUUUGCUUACGCCGUUUAUGGGCUUUCACCGAUAAAAGAAAGCGCUUAGGUUACUCACGUAACCCCGGUUCCCUGAAAUAACGGGAACGAGCAUUGCGUCAGUUAGCUGACGCAAUGGGGGAAACUCCUGUUUACUCCGCGUUUGAAGCCUAUUGGUAAAUGUCUGUAAAAAAUACAGACCAAUGACGUUUGAGCCCGCGCACAGGAUGGCACACGUCCUUAUAUAAGCGCGGGGUCAAGCGUAAAGAGCUCAUUAUUAUUCGACUGAAGCGGGCAGCCGAAUAACACUCGCUGCGUAGACGUUUGUUAUUUCAGGGAACCGGGGUCACGUGAGUAACCUAAGCGUUCCCUUAUAAUGCGGUUCACUUCGCAUUGCGUCAGUUAGCUGACGCUAUGGGGGAACGUAAUCCCAUCACGCCGUGCAUACACAACGUACUGAAGUUCCUUACCGGAGAGACACUGCGUGUGGCCCUAUAUCCAGCAUAUUCACAGCUUAAAGCAAAGUGUAAGCACCAUACAAAAUGUUAACGUGCAUACGGUGGGGUUUUAAACGGACAGGGAGCACAUAACAUAGCACAAGGCCGCGAGAUCACCGAGCGUGCCGCGGGUGUCCGAGAUUAAGUAAAUUCAGAGUCACGUUGGUGAGCUCGCUGAGCGCACCGUGGUGUACACGUAAAACGCAUGAGCGUGCAUUAUUAAGCCGAGAGAACCUGCGCUCGGUGUCUCGCGUCUAAGCUGUACAAUCUGGCAAACGUAGACGGCGAAGACCAGCCGGCCGUGUUGCAGAUAUCAAAUAUAGAUACCCCUGUAGACCAAGUCCAUGAUGAAGCCAAACUCGCGCAGAGUGGGCUCUAACAUAUAGGGCAUAGCUCAUAAAAGCGUGAGCCAGUGCGAUGGCUUCAACGAUCCAUCUAAAUAGCCACUAUUAGCAACAGGCAUACGUAGUGAGUGAUCUGCGACUCUCACGAACGGCCGAUCUGACUAUAAUAUGCGGCAGAACGGUUUGUAGCGUGGGAUUAUACAGAUACCACAAUAGUGUGAACCCAGGUGAGCCCUCGAGCGCAUUGGGAUGCAUAUAGGUAGUAUUAUAGUGCACAGAUCGGUGAGCUUUCCAAGCGCGCCAUAAAUGUGUACUGACAAUAAAUUGCACGGGCACAGGUGAACACUUGAGUACAUCGUGAAUGCAUAUAGAUGAAUCAGAGUGUUAUAAUGCACAGGCCGGCAAGAUUUUCGAGCAUGCCGUCAUGUGUUCUGAUAAUAAAUUGUGCGCACACGGGUGAACCCUUCAGUGCACCGUGAAUGCGUAUAGAUAAAUCAGUGCACAGAACGCGCCAUGUACAGAUAUGAUUGAUGAACGUAACGGUGGGUACCCAGCGCACCGUGAACGCACACAGAUGAUCAACAAUGUAUGUGUCACAAAGGAUAACACAGCCGUGUAUACAGGUGAGCUUCUCUAAGCGCGCGGUGGACGCAUAUAAUUAAAAACCAUAUCGUGCAUACAGGUGAGCUUACGGGCGCACCUUUAAUGCAACAAACCCCAGUAGUGCGCGAGGCAGGGAUGUCGAAGCUGUAAAAUUGACAACGUGGACGGCGGGGACCAGCCGGCCGUGUCACAAAUGUCAAAUGAGAAACCUCUAAGACCAUGCCCAAGGUAAAGCUAAUCCAUACAUGGAGUAGAUUAACCAUGAGUGAGCAUGGGAGGUGAUAACUUCAACAAUCCAUAAAUAACCUGUAUUGACAGGUGCGCUAGAGAGUGAACUGUGACGCAGAUGAACAGCUGAUCGUCUGAUGUACGUCAGACGUAUCUGUCAUACAGGACCUUGGACAGUUCCAGAGCGCUGUGCCUCGGGCACCGUCCGCAUCUGUGAAAUGACAGGCUUAUGAAUAAAGUGAAUGGCCAGCCGUAAAAGCGUGGUACGCUGUUACCGCCGCCGUCAGCAUCUGAGAGAUGACAGGCUUGUGAAUUAAACGAAUGGUCGGUCGUAAAAGCGUGGUUCGCUGUUAUCGGUGCCACAUAGAUAUAGCAUAGGGGGAGAGAGCCGCCGUGCACGAGCCUCUGUAGUGAGGAGAAAACCGUUCCACACCACAAUUCAUGGGGGUUUAGACUUUUCGCUUGUCACCGGACAGAAAUAGAUCAGACUUUGCAUAAGGUCGCCUCGCGAGAGGGGUCCUAGUAGCUCGUGUCGACGUGUCAUAAGGCACGUAGGUCAUGUCUCAUGGAUGCAAUUUCCAUAUGCCCGUCGUAACGGGUUAAUAUGUCUGCACCUUGGUGGUUUAAGCACGAGAUGCGUAUCACUCUGAUUGAACAUAGCUUAUAAAGCGAUGCAAUGAGUUUAUAAGGAGAUGACCUGUCAGCUUGUACGCUUAGGUUGCGAGAUCUCAACCUGACUCGGUGAAUAAUGAAAACCACCGUAGUUCGCUCGACCGCGUUAUUACAAUAACAAUAAUAAUAACAAUUUAGUGCUGCAGUGCUUGAAUCAUCCCCUUAAAUGGACUGUAUGUACAGUACAAGGUGAUUGAUAUGAGACAAACGUGCGUUUCACGCACCGUAGGCUGAUUGGCGUCGCAAGGGGUGUCUAAUUCCGCAGCAGAUGCUGGGCGAGCUCGUAACGAUAGCACUAUGCUAUGCUGCGAAGACCAGAGCUCGGCCGUUCAGGUGCACGAGCCUCAGUAGUGGCGGUGACUAGAGCGGCUCUCAGAGCAGAGCAGUAUGUCUAGUUGGUUUAAUGUCUAUCUAUCUUAGUUCUACGGCUCCCCCGCUUGUUCAUCUCAACAAGAGAGGGCGGUGCCAGACCGGUGACGGGCUCGGAGGAAAUUCAUAGCAGAGAAGCUCACUCGAGCCGCUGUGCUGGACGCUAUUACAACAGCGCCUGCUCUUUUAGCUUAUAGCUUUAUAUUAAAAAUAUUGAUCCUACCGGGCGGCCGCAGGGGAGACCUCGUCAGGCAUGUGUCCGCUGCACAGGGCUCGUACCACGGCAAGCGAAGGCUAUAUUCGGUUCUCAGCCGGAAAGCGGCAGGGGAAGACGCUAGACCUGGAUUCUGCUAUCUUCGGUUCUCAGCCGGAAAACGGCAGGGGAAGACGCUAGGCCUGGACUCUGCUGCAGGGCUUGUGUCGACGGCGAGGAAAGGCUUCUUCUUCGGAGCAGCGAGAGGUUCACGCUGAAGGAGAAAAUUAAUGAGCUCUUUAAACUUGACCCCGCGCUUAUAAGGAUGUGUGCCAUCCCGCGCGUGGGCUCAAAUGUCAUUGGUCUCUAUUUUUUACAGACGUUUACCAAUAGGCUUCAAUCGCGGAGUAAACAGGAGUAUCCCCCAUAGCGUCAGCUAACUAACGCAAUGCGAAGUGAACCGUAUUGAAAGGGAAUUGUUUUGCGCAUUUACAUGACCUCACACAUUAUCAGUUUAUUAAGCAUAAUCGGCGUAAGAAGUGCAUGUAAACGCACUCGUUGAUUUUUGAUUGAUUGUUGAUUGACACUUUUCAUAAGAGCCAUGGUUUUAUCUGGCUUAAGUCAUUUUAGAAAGGCAAAAAUUAAAAGGUAUUUUUGGGGACUUAGUGUAAAGAAUAUAAUGCCUUUAUCUACACCGUUGUAGACUCCAACUUCAGUCAACAACAGAGAAAAUCAACCUACUCAUAUUGUUGUAAACAAGGUUGACAGGAGAAUUCGACCUCUCCAAACAUACACGACACAGGGCUGUCUCUCUGGUCCUGUCACAUUUGUCUAGUCUUUAUUCAACUCCCCCACAUAUUGCGAUGCAUGACCAGACACUGUGUGAGCGAAACUUUUUGCUUUCCACAUUUGCCCUGUUUGUGAUUUGUAAGUGAUUAAAUUUGUCUUGUAGGCAAAUUUUUUUUGCCUGGAUAUUUUGAGUGUGCAUAGUUAAUUCAGUCGAUCUUCAGGGCAAUGCCAUAUGCAAAGAUCUGUUUGAGAAUAUUUUUACUUGUGUUAUAUCUGAAGACAAACACUUUCCACAUUCUGUGUUUUUGAAGCUUUGAUUGUGUUUACUGUGCGCAAUGUGUUUAUGUUUCAAAUGUAAAAAAAACACUGUAUUUUUCACACAAUUUACUUAUCUGUAUUGCACUGUUUUAACUGUCCUCAAAACGGGCUGAUGUCUUCCUUGUUCUAUGAAGUCCCUCCUUCAGAAAUGCAUAACGAGUUCUGGGGCUUCAUUUAUAAAAUGCUGCGUAAAAACCAUCCUACAUUUGAUCAUAAGAUCAUUUAACAAAAAUGCAUACGUGUGAUUCAUAAACCGAACGUACGCGCAGAAAACGCGCGUACCCCUUUCAACCUAUAAAUCGCAAAUGAACUUGAACUUGUGCCUGCAGUUUCAGAUCUCCGCCUUUAAACGAUGCGUAAUUAAUGUCAGACAUAUAAAAGAGCGCUUGUCAAUGUUUAAACCCAAUUUCAAACAGCAAGAAUGGCUUAUGUUUCCAAAAACCUGCAGCAAUCAGACAAGCAAAAAUUUUAUAUUUAUAAAAAUUGUCUUUGACGUGAAAAAGUGCUUAGCGCCACGUCAGUGUCUGAGCAGACGUACGCACUUUUUCACGUCAAAGACAAUUUUUAUAAAUAUGGACUUUGUUUUGGAUUUUUGCCCACGUACACUUUACGAUCAAAUCUGUGCCUACGCACGCUUUAUAAAUGAGCCCCCAGAUUGUGUAACCUAGUCUAUCUGUGUUCCGUACACUUUUGGGCUUUUCCGGAAGCUUUCGACUACUCCUCGAAGCAACCUGCUCAAAAUAAACAUGUUUGUGUGCACAUUCCCUGGGGGAAUGCCUAUUGUAUGAGUCACACUUUGAUUGAUGUCUUUUGGACCACCUGUGUACGGAAGAUAAGGGAAAACAAUGUUCCGUACAUGCUAACAAUGAUGUUCCGUACAGAGCGCAAAACUUGAUUUCAGCUGUGAACAUGGACAUUAAAGAUGAACUAAUGUUUUAUUUUA